AUGGCUCCUCGGGGGUUGUGUCAUGGCUGUUGGGAUGAGGGACAUGCAUGGCAGCGAUGUCCUCAUCAACCUAAGGGAGGCAUUCCGGCAUUCUUAAAGCCGGAGGGUCGUGGAUCCAACGGCAAGGCACAGGUGGCGGAUGAGGAGGAGCAGGAUGACAAGGCAGAGGUAGUGGUUGGAGAGGCAGUUACAGGAGUGGGAGAGGAGCAGCCGCGAGAGGGGUGGUGGAUUGACAGUGGGGCCAGCCACAACUUUACUAUUGCUUCGGACUUCAAAAGUAAGCUUCAGCCACCAGAGGUUCGGGGAGUUAGAUUGGGAGAUGGACAGGUGGUGAAAGCUGAUGGCAUGGGUGAGGUGCUAGUGGUUGGUGCUGGAGGUCAGCUGCUGAGGAUUCAAAAGGUCCACCUUGUGCCUGAGAUGCACACUCGUCUGCUGGCAGUCCCACACCUCACCUCUCGAGAUGCCAUUGUCACAUUCAAGGGUAAGAAAUGUGCUCUUAAACAGGGGGAGAGGGUGUUGGCGAUUGGAGAAAAGGAGAGGGGCAGGGACUAUGGAUUGGUGCGGAUGUCUCUUCCUCUUGCUCGGGGCACACAAGGCAGUGCUCUUGCAGCUGGGUCCUCCUCCUCAUUUUCCCCAUUGACCCUUGCUCAUCGCCGCCUUGUGUGCACACCGUCACUGGGAGGAGCGGUGUAUGUCCUCAGUCUCAUUGACGACUUCACCAGACGAGUUUGGUCGUUCCCACUCCCCAACAAGGAAUCGGCCACAGUCGCAAAAGUCCUUCGCCAGUGGCAUAAGGACGUGGAGUUGGAGUGUGGGCGGAAGCUGAAGGCUGUUCGCUCUGACAGGGGUGGCGAGUUCUUGGGGGACGCUGUGAAAGCAUGGAAAGCGAAGUUUGGCAUCAAAACCCAAUUUAGUGUCGCAGAUACACCGCAACAGAAUGGGGUCGUGGAGAGGUGGCACAAGACGAUGGCAGAGGGGAUUCGCACAUUGUUGGUCGACAGUGGUCUCCCUGCUCGCUUGUGGGGUGAAGCAUUGAUGUGGGUUAUGUGGGUUAAGAACAGGGUCACCCACAGUGCUUUGCCUGCCUCCAUCACACCAAUGGAGGCGUGGUCCGGCCAGAAGCCGCAUGUGGGCAUGGCUCGGAUCUGGGGUUGCAUGGGGAGUGUCAUGCUGCAUGGGCAUGAGAAGGGUGGCAAGCUUGAUGCACGGGCUGUCAUGUGUGUCUGUGUUGGGGUGGACAUGGAGAGCAAGGGUUGGCACAUGCUGGACCCUUCUCUCAUGCUGGAUGUUGAUUUUCUUGAGAAUGUGAUGUGGAAGGAUUGGGACAAGGCAAAGAGAUUUGGGGAGCUUCUGCAGGAUGCAGCUGCGAUUUCCCAACUCCUCCCUCUUCCACUCUCGCCACCCUCAGCAACGGCUGACGACGUUGAGAUGCCACUUUCAUCACUGCCACCGGCACCGCUGAGUGUGUCGGUGCAGCAGCAGCCCACCCCUCUGCAGCAGCUCAGUGGCCCCUCGGUCAUUCAGCGGAGAUCCGCUACACAGGCUACUUCCUCUUCCUCCUCCUCUGGUCAGCGCCCUGUCCCUCUCUCUACGGGUGCCCCUCCAUCACCAGCGACUACCUCCCCACCACCGGUUAAGGGUUUGCAGGUGCUUGGUAUCCAGUCUGGUACAGGUGGUGAGGAGGUAGGGGGGGAUGCUGGUGUGGUUGAGGGCAUGCUGUGUUUGGCCAGGGAGGUGGAAGGUGUUGCACUAGCAGGUGUGAGCACCGGUGAUGUCCCACGCACACUCGCUGAGGCCCUGCAUGGCCCUGAGGGCCCUGCGUGGAAGGCAAGUACUGAGAAGGAGGUAAAUGCAAUGCGCACUAUGGGUGUAUGGGAUCCACAGCCGGUCGACUUACCUCCAGGUAAGUAG